CCAUAAUGCUCUUGGCUCAGACACGUCAGCGCUGGUGUAUGGCUGCGUCCUCCCGCGGCGGAGCUGACAGACACAAACAAGCGGACAGAAUGAUGCUAAAGUCGGGACUCCAGCCGUUACCGGUGCCGAAGAUCCUGCUGUAAGAUGUCUAUGGUCCUGUUUGCCUCAGUGGUGCGGGUGAGGGACGGCCUGCCUCUCUCUGCCUCCACUGACUAUGAGCAGGACAAAGGACUGCAGGAGACCAAGAAGCACCUCAAGGGUCUGUCCAAAAAACUCAGCCAGUUCCCUGACCGCUGCUCUCUCAAGACUGGACAGUACAAUGUCAAUUUCAUAAGUUCCCUCGGGGUGGGCUACCUGAUGGUGUGCACUGAGAACUAUCCCAAUGUCUUGGCGUUCUGUUUCCUGGACGAGCUGCAGAGGGAGUUCAUCGUCACGUAUGACACCAAGCGCAUUAACAGUGCGGUCAGGCCGUACUCCUUCAUUGAGUUUGACAACUUCAUUCAGAAGACCAAACAGCGCUACAACAGCCCACGUUCACUCUCCACCAAGAUCAAUCUGGCUGAUAUGCAGACAGAGAUCAAGCUGCGGCCUCCCUACCAGCUCUCUCCCGAGGACCUGGGCUCAAUCAAUGGCUUCUCCCACAGCACUACUUCCAAAUAUAAAGGCAUAGCUCCUCAUCAAGUAUUAGAGCCUGUCACUCUGUCAGGCAUCGUGGCAUGUGUCCUCAGUGUUUUGUGCGGCGCUCUCAAUUUGCUGCGUGGAGUCCAUGCCAUAGAGAGCAUCAUGCAGAACGAGGACGAAGACUUUAAUUACGUAAUUGCCUUUUUCCUGGGUACGGCAGCCUGUCUUUAUCAGUGUUACUUAUUUGCAUACUUCUCAGUCUGGAGGAACAUCAAGUCUUUCCUGGCCUUCGCUCUGAUCUGCCUGUGCAACAUGUACCUGUAUGAACUGCGCAACGUGUGGCAGAUCCUCUUCCAUGUGACAGUGGGAGCCUUCAUCACUCUGCAGAUCCACCUGAGGCAACCGCAGGGUAAAGCUCCAGACUACAACGUGUGAAAACACACCUGACCUGCUGCGAGACCAGAGACUCUCAUUCAUUCUCUUUAUCUCUUUCUCUCUCUCUCUCUCUCCCUCCCAUACAAUCACUCAAACACACAAACAAAUAGACACACAAAUACACAAGCUCCUCCAGCUUCAGGUUUGUGAGCAUAUUCCUUGGACACUGAAUGACAAUGGUGUAUGUGUGUAUUUGUGUGUUAGAUUCACCAUAUGUUUUCAGACUAAAGGAAUCUUCUUUCAGUAUAGAGGUGGAUACUGAUGGCUCAGGGGCUGUGGAAGAGUCUGAAAGUUUGAGGCAUCAUGCUUAAAGGUGAAUCUGGUGUGAAAUGGACUCUGGUUUUUGUAUAACGUGAUAACAAGUACAAACUUUUGUCGAAUAGCCCAUCUCCAUUCACCCCCACCAUUCCAAAAUACAGCUCUUUUAGCUGAUACUUUUAAAUAACAGGUUUACAAUGCCAGAGAUAGGGACAUACUGCUGCCCAUGCAAAGAAUAAAAAUCUUCACUUUCAAAGCUCUGAGAGCCUCAUUUUAAAGGUCAGGACACUCAGAAUUCUAUCAAUAAAGAAGUGUGGACCUACUUUAAGCUACUUGUUAAUAGUGUACAAAAAGCUAAUAAUUUCUUUGCAUGGGCAAUCUAUGCCCCUAUCACUAGCACUGUCAGCCUGUUGGGAGCAUCGGCUAAAACGCUGUAUUUGGGAUUAAAUGGGGUUAAAUGAAAGUGGGCUAUUCUAUAAAAAAAGUUUGUGCUCAUAAAAGUAUGUUAUUGUGUUUUACUACUCUACCCCAAGUCCAUUUUACACUGGAUUUCCCCUUUAAUUAACUCUGGUUACUCUAAAAUCUGUGCAUUUAUUUCAUGUUUGAAAGCAAGCAUUUAUAUUAUGCUUCAUAGAUUUCAUACGUUUGAAUAGUAGCUAUUUAUUUGUCUUUUUGCUCAAUAACAUAUCAGUGGACAUCGACAUGCUAGUUAUUAUAUAUAAAAUAAUAUAAUUGUUUAAGUCAUGCAGGUUCCAGUAAAUUAGGCACAGACUUUUGACUUAAUGGCUUUUGUUACAAAUGCAAUCUACUUCUAAUACUACCCAGUUGAGUGGCAGAAAACCUUUGUUUCCUCUGUAUCACAUUCAUUCAUUCAUUCAUUCAUUCAUUUAUUCAUGCACACACACGCAUCCUAAACUUCAGUACGGUGCAUUUCAUAUACUUCCAAGCUGCUGCCAUCAUUCAUUUAGACCCCUGAAGCACUAAAGCACAUCCAGACAUGGACAUGGCAGCUGUCUCCGUAAUCUCCAUGCUGCCUGCAGCUUCGUCGGCUGCUGAUGAAUUCUUCUAUCCUCCAGCUAUUUUCACGGGGGAGGAGUGGCCUGCUGAUAUAUAGGCUGAAACAUAGACUGUAUGCCACCUCAAGCUUUCCGCUGCCUCACUUUACUGAGCCCCCGCUGAUGUGCACCAGUGCCGGCGAGCAAAACCCUGACGACUGGAUGAACUGAUUGUUAUAUUUAUGUGCUUGUUAGUCUCUGCAUCCAGGUUGCUCGUGAGAAACUGUGUGUGGCAGAUGACUGAUAGUGUUGUUGAAUCUGCAGGACCUUCAGUAAAGAUGAGUUUGACUUUCUAAGUAUAA